GGAGGAGCCGUUUCCCUCCAGCUACAACCACACGGAAAGUAAAGGUGGUGCUCAGUGUUAAUGAGGCAGCUCUCAUGUCAACUAAUAGGCCGGCGCCGACGGACAAACUAAAGUCGUCAUUUAUUCACGUUUCCUGAAGCCUUCAUCCCACCUCGGCUACUUUUGUCUUGUUUCUUUUUAAAGACCCCGACGCAGCGCGCAGAAGAAACGCCCUGCGGCUGAAAUUAAGAACUCACUAUGUCUGAUGGGGAGUACGAUUACCUCAUCAAAUUCCUAGCCCUUGGUGACUCUGGUGUGGGAAAAACAAGCUUUCUGUACCAGUACACAGAUGGCAAGUUCAACUCCAAGUUCAUCACUACAGUUGGAAUAGACUUCAGAGAAAAACGAGUGGUUUACAAAUCUACGGGUCCUGAUGGAGCUUCAGGCAAAGGACAGAAGAUCCACAUACAGCUGUGGGACACUGCAGGACAGGAGCGGUUCCGAAGUUUGACAACUGCUUUCUUUCGAGAUGCAAUGGGUUUCCUCCUCCUGUUUGACCUCACAAAUGAGCAGAGUUUCCUCAACGUCAGAAACUGGAUGAGUCAGUUACAGAUUCACGCAUACUGCGAAAAUCCUGACAUCGUUCUGUGUGGCAACAAAUGUGACCUGUCUGAUCAGAGAGCAGUCAGUGAAAACGAGGCCCGUGAACUGGCGGAGAAGUACGGAAUCCCGUACUUUGAGACAAGUGCUGCAAACGGGCAGCAGGUCAGCCAGGCUGUCGAUGUCCUGCUGGAUCUCAUCAUGAAGAGGAUGGAACGAUGUGUUGACAAGUCCUGGAUCCCCGACGGGACUGUCCGAGCUAAUGGACCCACCAACCAAGACCUCUCCGAAAGCUCAGACAAAGGCAAAUGUGCAUGCUAGAGUGAUUUUAGUUUCAGUGCAACGUAUUAUCGGUGGGAAAAGAGGAAGACGUCCAAGUAUAAUUAAGUGGGAACUUAACAUUAUUUGUGCCUUGUGCCCCACAAACCAGAAUAUUGUGUCACUGGCGGGCUGUAUAGUUUGACAGUACUCAGUGAAAUGCCUUUCGAAUGUUUGCAAUUCGUUUGAAUUCAUAUACAGACCAUUUUGAGAAAUUAAUUCAUGUCGGUUGUGAGUGUGGGAUAUUUAUUUCUUAUGAUGCCUAGCUUAAAUAUUUUGAUGAUCAGUUGAAUAUGACUGAUCACAUUUUCAGAUAUAAACUUUAUCCUCCACAUCACAGAAAUGUGAGCUGCCGCGCCACGUGCUAUAAAUAUAAUGUUGAUAACGGCUAAAAGACGUAGCUCACACUGACCAUUCUGCUUUGGCUUGAUGGACAAUUAACACUCUUGUAUUUUCUUCUCUAAAUCUUUUUGCUUGUUUGCCUGUAAAACAUGAAUUGCAGAAAACAGUUUCAAUGAAUCACAGACACUUUAUUAUGUGCAGUUUAUCACAAUUAAGUUUGAUUUAGAUAUAGAAUAUGUCAUAAAAAGGUAAAGGAAGUAGGGCAGUAACUCAGGAACACAGUUGAUUCAGGUUAUUUCUCUCUUCCAUGGUGCCAAAGUUCACAAACGUAACAAUAGGAAACAUCGCGGUUUUCUUUCAUGCCUGUCUACACCCUUGACUAAAACCUGUUUAAUAGUAAACAUAUUUCUCUUUGGUAGAUCAUACACCCUCAAGCCUUAAAAUCAACAAAUUAUUUUUAUUAUUCUGGGAUUUUCCACUUACCGUAUGUCUGACUUCAUAAAAAAUUAAUAGAACAACCUUCAGGGAAAUAAGCAGAGAUGCUAUUUCUUCAUAACAAUCGUUUCUCUAUGGUUCAUCAGAUGAUCUGGUUUAUCAACUGCAGCUAAUUGACAGUGGAGUAUUCAAUUUCAGCUUUUAUAUUUAACACAUAAAACACUGUUAAAUGACAUUGUAUUUUAGUGUUUCACUCACAAGUCCACCUUUGUUUUACACUGUCAUUCGUUGCUGUAUAAAAGGUUUUAUUAAAGACAGGAUUAUUUUUCUCUCUCUCUCUCUCAUUUUACAAGUUCAAAUAUUUGAAAAUAUGUCACUUAGUAUGAAUUAAGUCAUGAUAAACAAAAAUGUGUCAUAGUGCCAUACUUUCAUAUGCAAAACGUGUAACUUAUGUCCAAAAAUAAACAUUUGUAUUUAUGUA